AUGAGUAAUCAGUAGAAACAAACAAAAGAGCUUUUUGAAUUCUCCAUUAAUCUGCCAUUUUUGACUCCCCCUCGGUGUGUGAACGAUAACACGGUGCGCAUCCUUCGCCGGACGUUGUACUGAUUCACCAUGCCGGAGCUGGUUCAAGCUACACAAGUCUACACGCCGAGAACUAUACAGCUGUGGAAAUCGCUUCUGAACUGGCUAGCUUUCUUCUUCCAGAUCUUUCUUCAGAUCCUCAAAGGCAAUAGCUCUCUUCUCUCUUCCUCUCCGCAGUUCAAGCCGCUGCCUGACGUUGAGCUGCUAGAAGAGGAGGAAGAGGCGGCGCCUCCGUCAUCCGUCGCUCUCUCGACUCUGCAAAUCACUACCGGAAGUGUUCCGAUUAGUCUCCAGGAGGAACGUUCGCAGAGGCUCACGGUGGUUCUUGACUUGGAUGAUACUUUAGUUUGUGCAUAUGAGACAUCAAGUAUGCCGACAAUCAUGCGUACCCAGGCAACAGAGGCUGGGUUGAAGUGGUUUGAGCUCGAGUGCGUAUCUUCGGACAAGGAAUAUGAUGGCAAACCUAAGAUCAACUAUGUCACAGUUUUUGAACGUCCUGGAUUACAUGAGUUUUUAAAACAACUUAGCAAAUUUGCUAAUAUGGUCUUGUUUACUGCUGGACUUGAAGGAUAUGCAAGACCCCUUGUUGAUAAAAUUGAUCCUGAGAAUUGGUUUAGCCAUAGACUUUAUCGGCCUUCAACUAUUAGCACGGAAUUCCGGGAACAUGUGAAGGACCUGUCAUCCAUAUCAAAGGAUCUAAGCCGCAUUGUCAUUGUUGAUAACAACCCAUUCAGUUUCUUGUUACAGCCCUUAAAUGGGAUUCCGUGCAUUCCAUUUUCUCCUGGACAACCCCAUGACGAGCAGCUUUUGGAAAUAAUCCUUCCACUUCUCAAGCAUCUCUCUGAGCAGAAGGAUGUGAGGCCUGUGCUUCAAGAAAGGUUUCAAAUGCCGGAGUGGUUUCAAAACCAUGGAAUCCCGGCUUAUCGAUUCAUGGAUUGACAAAUGUAUGAUGAUCUUGGCAAGCGACAUUGUUGCUAUUCCAGGAGACACCUAUACUCUAAUUUGUUGUACAAGGUUAGUACACCGGAAGAACGAAUUUUUGUAUAGCUUAUUUGUGCAGAGGAGUAACCAUCUACAAAGUCCCAACUUCCUCAUGUCUCACUUGAUGUUCUCCACUCUUCAUUGCACACAUAUCUAUUACUGUGGAAAUCUUUUAAAUUCUUGUGUAACAUGUUUAUAGCAUCCGCUAUUGGAAGAUAUUUGAUCGCCUAUAAUUAUACCUUCACCAAAAUUUAUGUAUAGAUUUGAUGAUUAGAUACUCUGUUCAGUGAUGAGAAGUGUUAAUUCGUUUAAACAGUCUCAGUUCUCUGGCUGUUUUAUGGUCAUAUAUUGCAUCACAAAUCAA